GGACUCUCAACCACUGCGCCACCAGGGAAGCCCUAAGUUGUGUUUUUUUACCUUUUGGUACAUCAUGUAAUUUUUUCUUGAUAGCCAGACGUGAUGUAUUUGGUUGUUUCUCAGUUAUUUUUUCUCCCCCCCUGAAGUGGUACAGGAUGGCUUAGAGCUGGCUGGAGUUGGGUAUUUCCCUUCCCCUGGUCACUUAGACUCUGAAAAUACCCCAGCAGGUCAGGCUCUGAUAACUACUUUCCCCGCCGAGUUCAGGCCUUGUUAAAGAGAACAGUGGUCUGGCGCAUUUCAGAGUGCUCUGACGCGUUGCAGUGCGUGGCGCUUUUCCCCUCCCGCUGACAGACGGAUGAGGGAUUUUUCUCUGAUAUUUACUGUGGGAAACUGGUCAAGCUCCUGGAGGUAAAUCUCAACAGUAUUGUGGGUCCCCCAUGACCAGGUCCUUAUGUAGUUUUAACUCUCAGAGCUGUGGUCCGCACUGAGCCUCCAGCAAGCCGUCGAUUGUAGUUCAGGUUUUCCUACCCCGGCACUGGCUCCCGCAGCUGUUUCUGCUUGUGAGUCUGCUCCAGCAGCUACAACGCCCGGUAUUUGCCUGUCUCUCCAGGCUUGGAGGCUGCAGUUUGCCUUGUGUCCUCCCCUCUCUUAUGGAUCCAAGAGAGUUGACUUUUUAGCCUGUCAGCUUUUUACUUCUUAAGACCAAGUGGCUACUCAAGCUCCUUGCUUGUGGAAACGGAAACCAGGAGUCCCAGAGCAGACCUUUGAAUCGAAGAAUCAUCUAAUUAGCUCUCUGAUCAUGGGAAACAUCUGUAUGGAUUGUUUCAUUACAGCGCCACGAUGCUUGGACUUGAAUCGCUUCCAGAUCCCACAGAUACCUGGGAAAUUGUAGAGACCAUAGGUAAAGGCACCUAUGGCAAGGUCUACAAAGUAACUAACAAGAGAGAUGGGAGCCUGGCUGCAGUAAAAAUUCUAGAUCCAAUCAGUGAUAUGGAUGAGGAGAUUGAGGCAGAAUACAACAUUUUGCAGUUUCUUCCGAAUCACCCCAACGUUGUAAAGUUUUAUGGGAUGUUUUACAAAGCAGAUCACGGUGUGGGAGGACAGCUGUGGCUGGUCCUGGAGCUGUGUAAUGGGGGCUCCGUCACUGAGCUUGUCAAAGGUCUACUCAGGUGUGGCCAGCGGCUGGAUGAAGCAGUGAUCUCAUACAUCUUAUAUGGGGCCCUCUUGGGCCUUCAGCAUUUGCACAAUAACCGAAUCAUCCACCGUGAUGUCAAGGGGAAUAAUAUUCUUCUGACAACAGGAGGAGGAGUUAAGCUCGUUGACUUUGGCGUCUCAGCUCAACUCACCAGUACACGUCUGCGGAGAAACACAUCUGUCGGCACCCCAUUCUGGAUGGCCCCUGAGGUCAUUGCUUGUGAGCAGCAGUAUGACUCUUCCUAUGAUGCUCGCUGUGACGUCUGGUCCUUGGGGAUCACAGCUAUUGAACUGGGGGAUGGAGACCCUCCCCUGUUUGACAUGCAUCCUGUGAAAACGCUUUUUAAGAUUCCAAGGUAA